AGGACGCGUGGCGGUUCCCAGCGUCUCCCGACUUCCUCUAAAGCUUGCAGUUUGCGGCGGACUGCGGCAGAAUUCCUGCAACAACCAGGAAAGAGGUUGAAUUGCAACAAUAAAAGAAAAAUGCCUGUAACGUUGGAUCCAGCAGCACUUGGUGAUAAACUUCGAGACCUCUGUGAUUCUUCAAGUUCAGAUCUCUCAGAAGUGGAACAAUUAAUUGCAGAGGGAGCAUUGGUCGAUUUUGAGCCUGAUGACAAAGGGACCCCUCUAUUUUUAGCUGCAGGUAAAGGUAAUGACCAGGUUGUUGAGUUGCUCUUGAAGAAAAAAGCCAACGUUAACUAUCAGACUAAGAGUUUUGGUUGGUCACCACUCCAUAGCGCUAUACAAUCAAAUCAUGAAAAGGUUGUGCAUUUAUUACUGGAGCAUGGGGCAGACCCACAUCUCAGGAGGAAGAAUGGAGCAACACCUUUCAUUACUGCUGCGAUAGUUGGUGAAGUGAGUUUGCUCGAAAUGCUUCUGUCCCAUGGUGCAGACGUCAACGAGGCAGAUGCCAAUGGCUUUACUGCCUUCAUGGAAGCAGCAGAACAUGACAAUGAGGAUGCCUUGCGUUUCCUGUUUAAUCAUAAAGCUGAUGUGAACAAGCGCAGGCAAGUACCAGAUGCUAAAGCAAAGGUGGGUAGGGGUGGAAAGACUGCACUCAUGAGUGCUGUGGAGGAAAGUCAUGAAAAUAUUGUUAACAUCUUAUUAGAUGAAAUGCAUGCAGAUGUUAAUGUGCUUGACAACCUUGGCAGAACAGCUUUAAUUUUUGCCUUAAAGGAAAACAGACAGACAAUUGUGGAAACCCUGUUGAAACAUGGGGCCAAUGUAAACUCCAUAGACAAUAAUAAAGAAACACCUCUGAGCACCGCUUUGAAAAAUACGAAGCUGGAUAGCGAUGUGGUGGAAAUGCUGAUAAAACAUAAACCAGAUGUGAAUGUUCCAGACCAGGCUGGGAAAACACCCCUGAUUCUUGCAAUAGAAAACAAGUUCACAAAGGUUGCCAAACUGCUGCUGGAGGAUUACAGUGUUGACAUCAAUGCACGAGACAAUUCAGGGCGGAUGGCCCUGCUGGCAGCAGUGGACAUCAAAAAUGUUGAGUUGACUAAAAUGUUGUGUGAGAGGGGAGCUGAUGUGUACUGCAGUGACAAUGAUGGGAAUACACCAAUAAUGGUGGCCAAAAGACGGUACGCCACUGAAAUAAAAAAAAUAUUGGAUCAGAGUGGCUUAAAGAAUAGUAAAAAAAAUGUAGAAGCUGCUUCAAAUUGGAAGAAGUACAGUAAACGUUGGCAUACAACACUGGAGAAACUGCAGAAAGUUGAAUGUGCCCACAUAGGGAACCUGAAACUAUCCAGGAUUGAGGAUUUUAAGAUUACUAGGGAAAACAUUCCUGAAGUCUUUCUUGGUUUCUAUAACAGAGAGACUGAGGUAGCAGUGAAGUGCCACAGGAAGUUCAGUGAAAAAGCCUCAAAGGAAAAGCAAUGCCUCACAGAGCCAAAGAUCAAAGCAAGCAGUCUGUUUGUUAAACUGGUGGCUUGUGAAUCUGACGAUUAUUGUGAAUAUGUGUGCCUGGAUCUCUGUGAGUAUAAUCUGGAGGAAUACAUGGAACAGCAGCCUGAAGAACUUCAUUCAGGAGCCCCAGACAUUAUGAAGCAGUUGAUUGAGGCUCUUCAGAUUUUGCACAGAGCAAAGUUUGCACACCGAGAUUUGCAUCCAUCAAAUGUCCUUAGAGAUGUUGAAAACCGUGUUCACCUGGCAGAUUUCGACAAGAGUGUGAACUUUGGUAACAAUUCAACUGUGAAUAUAUCAUCACCUGGGACCUGGGAGGCCUCAGAAAUACUUCAGAAACUGAAACAAGAGCCAACAUCAACUUUCGACGCGAGUGAGCUUUUCAAAGCGGAUCUGCAGGCAUUAGGACGGCUGUUGCACUACAUAGUAACUGGGGGAAAAGACCCUUAUGAAAGUGAGGAGGAUUUGCGUGAGAAUAAACCAUCUCUCGAUAAGAAACUGUGCAAGCCUGAGAAUGCUGAAGUCCGGGAUUUCAUAGAGGGAUUGCUAGCUCCGGCCAAGACCCGGAUCACACUCCUGGAGGCUGAGCAACAUCCAUUCCUAUGGAAAGAAGCAGAGAAGAGCAAGUUUGUCCAAGACCUUGCGAAUGAAGAAGUUGUAACAAAACGGAAACAGGAGAGUCAGCUAGUACAGAUUCUGAAUGAGGUUGGCAAGGUCAAGGGAAGGUCAUUUCACAAGUGGACAAACGAGAUCGACCCGGAAGUUCUGGAUAACAUGAACAUGGGCCAAAGCAAGAAGCCAAGCAAGAAUAAAAUUUACAAUGACACUACCAAUGAUCUCCUGAAAUUCAUAAGAAAUCUGACCCAACAUUUCAAUGAAAAGAACGAAAGGAUCAAGAGUAUUGUUGGAAAACCAGAGAAAUACUGGCUUCGCCUUUUUCCAGAUUUCAUCAUCUCGAUCUACAAUGCUGUGAAGGGCACCAAAUGGAAGCAUCACUUUCCAAACGAUCAGAGGCAGCACCAGAUGCCAAUGGCACCUCCCUCUGGUGGUUCUGCACUGGACUGUUGAGCUAUCAGCCAGGAUCACGCACUUCAAAGGGCAGUGCAGCCAGAGAACUGGUGCUUAUUGAGUGCAUUUCAUCUCCUCAGGAGGAGAUAGUUUUGAAAUUUUGACCUGUACGAUCGGUAUGCAAGACAAGUUUUUCACUUUACCUCGGUACAAGUGACAAUAAUAAACCAAUACCAAUACCACUCCCCAUCCUCUCUCAGCCAGCACCAGGUGCCACUUGGUCUUCACCCCAUCACACAUAUUUUGGUCUCUCCACCCCUUCCACUUCUCUACAUGUUUGUUUGCUCUUUCCAGUUCUGUAGAAGAGUCGUUAACCCAAAAUGUUAACUGUUUCUCUUUCCACAGAUGUUGCCUGACCUGCUGAGUGCUUCUAGCAUUUUCUCCUUUUACUGUGGGUCUCAGAUUACCUGCCUCACUCCAAAGGUAGCGCCUCCAGGAGAGCAGCAGUCCGGUAGCAAAGCAGGAUUUGAACCCACAACCUUCAGGUCUAGAGGCAAGCUUGCUCUCCACGAGCAGCUUACAGAUACAGUAUACGUUAUCUCCAGGCUGCUCUCUCGACCUCAUUUAACUUAUGGCACAGGGAGGGCAGGGGACAUUAGAUUGAUUGCAGGGAAACAGAGGGGAGGGGCUGCAAGGCAUUACUUGGAGAAGGUCAAAGGUGGGGUGGGGGGGAGGGGGGAAACAAAGGCCGACUGAAUGUCCAAGGGAAUGUUGUGUGGGGCGGCACAUAUCGGGAGGUGGCCUGGAGAUCAGGCAGGGUUGGGGGUGUCCUGGAGGCCGGGUGCUGUUGGGUCAGUGGUGCAAAGCAAGAUGUCCACCUAACUCUCAUUCUCCCCUUCUUGCUCCCUCCCUUUCCUUUAUUCUAUGCUCAUUAUUUCUCUGUCUCUCCGUUUCUUUUGGCAUCUUUCCUUCUCUGUUUAUCUCUUCCUUGUCCUUUCUCUCCACCCCACCUCCACUCCACCUCCUCUGUGCUUUUGGCAACAUUGUGGGAGAGCAUAAUGUCACUUUUCAUCUGUACACUGUAUGCACACAGCUCCACCUCGUCCCCUCCUUGCUGCUGUUGUGUGAUUAGACUGCUUGCCUGAUAUCCAGGACUAGAUGAACUGAAAUGUACUCCAAAUAUAUACUGAUGUCAGAUGCCUCUUACUUCAUUAGCCACCAACAGCUAGGACAAGACUGAUAUUCCCAAUUUAUGUCCAACCAGUUAUGAAGGAAAUGAUUAUAUUGUUUGUUUUGGCAAUGAUGUUAGAGGAGUGAAUUUUGACCUUCUCCAAGUAAUGCCUUGCAAGCCCUUAUGUCAUUCUUAGAGGCCAGAUGACCUUGAGUUAAUGCCUUUCCCCUAAAGCCGGCACCCUGGCAGUGCAGCACCCCCAGUAGUGUUGCACUGGGAGCAUCAGGCUGGAAUACUCCCUCAAGCUUCUGCAGCACUCCCCACUAAGCCCAAAAUGACACAUCGUACAUCACUGCCUCCAGUGGCCAACAAUCUCUUAGCAGCAGGUCGAUUCCGCUUUGUUUAGCAGAAGGAUUUUAGACUUCUGAAAUAAAAAGAAAAUGCUGGAAACACUCAGCAGGUCAGGCAGCAUCUGUGGAAAGAGAACCAAGGCUAACGUUUUAGUCAAAGACACUUCAUCACAACUUAGGAAGGGCCUAUGACCUGAAGCAUUGACUGUUUCUAUUUCCACGCAUGCUGCCUGAUAUGCUGAGUGCUUCCGGUAUUUUCUGUUUUUAUUUCAAAAGUUCAGAAUUCACAGUUUUAUUUCAUUUUUAUUUUUGGUCCUGAUACGUACUUCUAAAGAUUUUUUAAAAAAAAUGAACACAGAUAAAAUCCUAAACUUUGUGGUUUAAAAAAACCACAGCUAUUGAGGAACAGAAGUCGUACUUAAAAUGAAACUUUUCUAAAGUUAUGUCAGAAAUAACUGAGAAGAACACAGAACAUAGAACAGUACAGCACAGCAACAGGCCCUUUGGCCCAUGAUAUUUUGCCGAACUGAUUAAGCUAAUGAUGCCCUAUCCCUGCUGACUGCACAUGGUCCCUAAUCCCUCCAUUCUCUACAGAUUCAUGUUCCUAUCUAAGAGCUUCUUAAACACCACUAUCAUAUCUGUUUCCAUCACCAUCAUCAGCAGCACAUUCCAGGCACCCACCACUCUGUGUAAAAAAACUUGCCCCACUCAUCUCCUUUGAAAUUUCCCCCCUCACCUUAGAUGCAUAUCCUUUAGUAUUAGAUAUUUCGACCCUGGGAAAAAGGUACCAGCUGUCUGUUCUAUCUACGCCUCGUAUAAUUUUAUGAGCUUCUAUCAGGAAGAAAAUGUGGACAAAGAAAAUGUACGACUUGCAAACCAUUUAGCAGUUGAUAAUACGCAAGGAAUCCAUGUAAAGUACUGGUUCCUCAAAGAUUUCAGACCAAUGGGCAACCUUGAAAGGAACACUGGUUUAAUCUGCUCAACACAUAAUUCUGUAUCAAUUAUUUACCUGGAGCCACGCUCACCAAAAAAUAAAAGUUGUAUGUAAAGUUUUAUUCUGAUAUAAACUCAUGUUCUGUGUCAUAUUGAAGUCUUUGAAGUUAGUCUGUAACUGGCUUCCAAUGUUGCUCUUCCUCUUUGUAUUCUAAAUUUUAGUGAGAAUUGAUUUAUGGAUUUUUGUGGUUAUUCUCUGGCACUGCCAAUACUUUAAUGUUUGUGUGGAACGUUAUAACACGGGGAUCUUCAAAAACACAUUUGCAGCUGCUGCCUUUUCAUGUGUAGUGUCCAUAUGAGACCUUAGUUGUCAAAUCAAAUAAACUUGGGAUCAGGAUUUGGUGUAAUCACAUACAAUUGAAACCUUUGUACAUAAUGAAAAGAUCAACUUAUUUAUUCCCAGGGUCUGAUCUGUCACACUGUAAGUUUCACUGAUACUGUGGUUCAGGUCAAACAAAAACAGAAAAUAUUGUUUCCAUUUCAGAUUUCUGGCAUUUGCAGUAUUUUUGAUCUUCAUUUACUGCCGUUCAAGUAUUUGAUGAAAUGGCAAAUGGAAUCAUGGAAUUGUUCAAGUACAACUAUUUUCAUGAAGGCUACUCUCCUUCUCCCCUUUGAAAGGACUGAUUGACUCUGUUUCAGCCAUCCCUACAGGCAGUGAAUUGCAGAACAUUAAUGGUCUCUGCAUGAAAACAUUCCUCCACACAUCCUCUUGGCCAGAAUUCUAAAUCUGUGACCCCUAGUCCAUUUCUGCAGUUCUCUGGGACCUCCACGUCCUUCCUGAAGUGUGGUGAUCUGAAAUGAAUGUAUCACUCCUUCUGCACCUGAAUGAGAGCUUUAUAAGCUUUCACAGGACCUCACUGUGUCAACCAUCUCUGUUACUUCACCACAUGAAUUAUCUUAAAGUUUCUACAUGGCACAGGAAGCAUGGGUAACAAGCCCAUUUGUGUUCUAAGUAAAUUUAUAUUUCUUUUUUAUUUGCUUCUUGGGUCAAAUAUUAAUUUUCCAUCCUGAUGGAAUGGCCCUUAUCUUUCCCUUGUUUGUUUUAGAGAUUAUCACCUUCCUCCCGCUCUGUUCCACAUUACCAAACUGAUCAGAUUCCAAUAUUUGUACUCUGUUCCAACUGCACUCUGUUGAAACUGCACUACUGAGCAUCAGCUGAGACUAUUCAUUAUCUAAAAGGGUAUCCAACAUAACUAAGAACUCAACCCUUGCUGACAGUAAUUAAACUCUUCAGCUGCCAGUUCCAACUAACUGCCUAAUUAAUUGUUAACCACCACUGCCUGGCAGCUUGUUUACUUUUGAAUAAAACUAUUAAAGUCAGAGUUGUGGCAUUGUACAGUGCGUGGGAAGCCAGCACCCCCAGUAGUGUUGCGCUGGGAACUCCAGGCUGGAGUACUCCCUCAAGCCUGUGCAGCACUCCCCAUUAAGCUAAGACACCUCGUACAUCACUUACCUCCACUGACCAACAAUCUCAGCUGCAAGUUGAUUCCACGUUGUAAAAGCAAAAGGAUUUUGAACUUCUGAAACAAUAAGAAACACUCAGCAGGUCAGGCAGCAUCUGUGGAAAGAGAAGCAAGGCUAACACUUCAGGUCAAAGACCCUUCGUCACUAUUUAGGAAGGGUCUCUGAUCUGAAGCAUUAACUGUUUCUCUUUCCACACGUUGCCUGACCUGCUGACAGUUUCCAGUUUUUUUGUUUUUAUGUCAUUUUUAUG